CCUCCUCCAGACAGCUACAAAGGGUCAUUUGGUUUAUAACCAGACAUACUGUAGCUGAGGCAAGAGAAGAUUUCAGAUGUGCUUGUCAGUUAUCCCAUUCUCCUUGUAACCACUGAGGGCUGAAGAAAGAAGUUCUACAUGCACAAUAGGAAAACGACUUAAAGCAGAAGUAUUUGUUUAAUUGACACAGGAUCCAAAAGCAACACCGCAAUGAAGCUUUUUUCAAUUUUAAUGUUGCUUGUUUUGUUAAACGGUGUUGAAAGCUGGGGUCACUCCCCUGAAAAAAAAAAUCAAUAUGCCUCCUGGGAUGAAAUGAAUCUGAUUGCUCAUGGGUUACUCCAGCUAGGGCAUGGCUUGAAAGAGCAUGUGGAUAAAACUAAAAUCCAUUUGAAGGAGAUCACAGGCAAGUUAAACCAACACAAUGUUUCUAUGGCAGCGCUCCUCAAUAAUGCCAAAGAAGUCAGAGACAAUGCAGAUGUGCUGAAGGACAGGAUGCAGAAGCUGGAGCAAAGAGAUAAACAAUUGCAGGACCUAACUCUACUCCUCCGAGAGAAGCUGCAAGGGGUCAGUAAGGACAGAGAGGUCCUGGACAGUAGGCUGCAGAACAUGGAAGAAAAGCUCCGGCAUUUUGAACCAAACAGUGAAAAUAUUGGUGCCAAGGAAGAUGUUCAGAGCAUUCAGUCACAAAUGGAAAUGCAGAGCAAAAGAAUUGGUGAACUUUUGGAAAAGAUAAAAUUCCAGCAAUAUAAACUGGACAAGCAAAAUCUGCAGAUUAAAAAUAUACAAAGCAAAAUACAAAGAAGUAAAGUGGAAAGCCAAUACUGGAGGCCCAGUCUUCAGGGAAAUGAUGAUCGGUUUGAGAAAAACAGCAGCCACAAUUCUGCAAAGAAAAAGCUGCCUUCUGAUUGCCAUGCGGUCUUUUUGAAUGGAGAGAAGAGUGGCAUAUUUAAAAUCCAACCAGCCAAUGCUCAGCCCUUUGAAGUAUACUGUGAAAUUACAGCCGAAGCAGGAUGGACUUUUGUUCAAAGACGUAUAGAUGGGUCUGUUGAGUUUGACCAGCUCUGGGAAUCGUACAAGAAUGGCUUUGGUAAUCUAAGUGGUGAGUUCUGGCUAGGUCUAGCAAAGAUGCAUCAGAUUGCUGAGCAGGGGCCGUACAUUAUGCACAUAGAACUCCAAGACUGGGAGGGGAGCAUCCAGUACAUGGAGGUCCAUUUCCACUUAGGAGGCCCUGACAAAGCCUAUGCCCUGCAGCUACUUGGACCAGUGACUGGAGAUCUGAAAAAUGCUCUGAGUGAAUUUCAACAACAAGCAUUCUCUACCCAGGACCGAGAUCAGGACUUGCAAUCUGAUGUUAACUGUGCAAAACUUCUUUCAGGAGGCUGGUGGUUUAGCACAUGUGGUAAAUCCAACCUAAAUGGUAAAUAUUUCCACUCAAUACCACGGCAGCGACGUGAGAGAAAGCAGGGAAUCUUUUGGAAGACUUGGAAAGGAAGGCAUUACCCACUGAAAUCCACUGUCAUCAAAAUUCGCCCUUUGGAAACCGAAUGACCUGGACCAAAAAGGAAAGGACCCAAUUUGCAAGACUUUUUUUUACAAAUUACAAAUCAUUUUAAUAAGAGGAGGCCAUCACCAAAACAGUGCAACCUAGGUUUUUUGCUUUCGAGACUGUAUGUACGUUUUGUACAUUUUCAUCUUAGAAACAGAAAAAUAGAAGAGUGAAGGCAGAAAAAAGAUUAAGUGGUCCAUCUUUUUUAAUUUUUUUUUAUUUACAUAUAUAUAUUUAAAAUUUUGGUAUUGAGUAUAAAACCAUGUUUGUUUGUCUCAGGAAUUCAGGAAUGUUUAAAUCCACUUACUGUUGACUCACUCACCAACUCUGCUGGAAUUCUAUUCCAAGAAUCAAGUACUCUUUUGGUAAAAUAAUACUUUCUAUGAUUAGUUUUGAACAUCCCUCCUAAUCUGUGAUCAUGUUCCCAUGUUCUUGAUCACAUUGAAAGUACUGCCCACCUGAACCUUAUCCACCCUUUGAUGUAUUUAAAGGCUUCAUUAAUGUCUCCCCUUUCCCUUCUUUCCUCCAGACUGUACCUAUUUAUCUGUAAUUAUGGACCUUAUGCAAUUAGUCUUUGUGACUAAUGUUUUUACAGCCAUUCCCAGAAACUUAGGGGAUGGCCUGGGGGAUUAAUGGGGUCCUUGUGGAUUUUGAGGAGGGCAUACAGAGUGGGUGUUUUAGGAAAUGGGACAUUGAGAAAAUUCCCACGUGGGUUUGUUGAUUAAACCUUGAUAUGAACAACAACUUUAACCGUGCCCAUCAAUGCAGCCUCACCUGUGCCCAUCAAUGCUGUUUCACCCGUAUCCACCAAAGGCAGCCUGCCCGUGUCCAUCAUGCAGGGGAACAGAGGAGAGGAAGAGGAUUGCUGGGUGGAUGAUCAGAGCGCAGAGAAACACGGCUGGAAAUGCUUUCAUUUCAAUAGCAUUGUGUUCCCACCGCUCAGUGUCACAUACAGCCCCGCCCCCUGGCUGGGGAACUUUGAUUCACGUCACUCGUCCUGGGAUUGGAUGGGUAAUCUGUCUAUCAAUGUCCCGGGACCAGGGGGUGGGGCUGUGUGUGACAGCAUGUGCAGGGAGCACUCUGCUAUUGAAAUGAAAGCCGCUAGUGAUGUUCCUUGCAUUAUGAUGACUUGGCCGCCUGUUCUCCCCUUUUCCCCUCCGCAAGCGAUGGGAGAAGGACUCCCGUACAACCCGCCUGUCAGCGGUUCUUUGCCCCCCCCCCCAUCUUCCAGGCAGCCCUUCCUCGCCAGCCCUCAAAAUCCACUCGCAAAAUGCGAGCAGGCGAUUGGAAUUUUUGAGGACUGAGUUAUAUUCUUUGGAAAAUGUUUAAAGCAUAUUUCAAAGCAAAAUAAAAAAUAUAUUAAGUACAGAAAAAUAACCAGAAAUACUGUAAAGUAUAGUAAAUAAGUAUAGUAUACUUUCCUCUUUGACAUGACAACACAGCUCUUCCAAAGCACACAUUGUCAGCCCUACCUACUUCAUUUCUGAUGGAUUACAAAGAAAACAGACGUCCCCUUAAUUCCUCUCCAUUAAAUCAUCUCCAUGAGCCUUCUUUGUGCACAGGCAGAUAGCACAGGAAAUUAUCAACUCGCAAGCAAAUUCAAAAGGUAUUUUUUGCAUUUAUCAAACAGAUAUAACAAAAAACUUUCAAUGGUAUACUUAGCCUACCAAAAAGGAGCAAAUAAGAGACAUUCAUUGUUAGGCUUUACAUACCACCCUGCACCACCAUGUCACUGGAUGACCCAUCCACUUUACUGACUUUUGAACAUUAGCACUCAGACUGGGUAAAGGGGGUCAGUACAAGAAACCAAUCAAGUGCAUUACUUGCAAAUGCAUUUUUUCAGCUGGGUGGAGAGAGGAUGAGUUGGUUGCUUCUUUGGGAAAAAAAGUAAGGCGUGGGGGCAGGGAGCAUAGAAAUGGAGAUGGAAAGCUUUCAGAGUAUAAAAUAAUUAUUAGACAAAAAACAUUUUUUUUUUCCUUUUUAGAUGCUCCUUUGUACUUUGUAACUACAGUAUAAUUAUACAGUAAGAUUCUCAUCUAAUGAAGUAAGUUCCCUAAACUUCCUUCCCCUAUAGUACUGUGAGUCCUUCACGCUUUGGGCACAGUCCUAAUUGUACAAUCUCCUUUAGAUCUAACAUCAACUUUGUAGUACAUGCCCCUGCCCGAUGUGAUACUAUUUAAAGAGUGUUUAGGUUUGUCCUUAUAUUAUAAAGUUUGUGUAAAUCUAAAGGAGAUUGUAUAGCCGUAUGGUCAUAUUCUAGCACUAGAUUCCCCUGCUUUCAACAAAUAUACAUUUAAAAAAAUUCUGUGACAGCAACACCCAUACAGGUGAUGUGGCAAUCUCACGACUAAAUUGAAAGAAAAGUAACACUUUUGUCAGGUAAACGGACCUUAGAUGCGUUUUAUCAGUGUAUAUAGUUGUAUAGAUUUUGCCUGUUGUUCAGCUUUAAUAGUGUGUGCAAUGAAUUAUGAAUAAUAAUGUACAGAAGCUGUAUAGUAGUUGGUGCUGUCUAACAUUAUGUAUUUUUGUUUUUGUAAUAAACUUGAUAUGUCAGCAAA